AUGGCUCGGCUGAGAGUGGGGCGGCGGUUCGAGGCGACGGCGGGGAUGGCAGGAGCAGACGAGAAGAUGGAGGAGCUGCUGGGGAGGAGCUGGAGAGACGCAAGGGUCUCGGGUGAGAUCCUUGGGAAGGGGACGGGGAAGAGGGUGAGGGUGAGGUGGACAGUGUGCGGGGAGGCGGUGGAGGUUGAGGUCGGGGUAGACUCGCCGGUCUUCGCGUCCCUGGAAGACGAGGGCCAUGGCAGCAGCGAGGUGAGGAGCGCGGUCAGGAGCAGCAGGGGGGCAGGAGGAGCCGCCGAGGAUGAGAUCAUAGUCGAGACAGACUCUGACAUGGUGACGGAGGACGAGGACUACACAGAGGCGGCAGGUCGAACCGGAGAUGGCGGCUCAGGGUCCAUGAUUGACAUGGUGGAUGAGAAAGGGAGGCGCUGGCUGCUGGAGAAGAAGGAGGAGCUCGAAGACGCCAGAGUGCCCGUGGAGGAGAGCAGGCCGAGGCUGCUGUCGCAGGAGGUGAACGUAACGGAGGAGGGGGAGCUAGCGGAGUAUAUCUCCUGCAUGCUACCGGGAGAGCUUCUGCAGACCAUCCUCCUCUGGACCAAUCGAGAGAUCGACGGGGGGAAGAAGCAGGUGGAUCUCAAGGAGCUGAGGAAGUUCUUCGCCAUACUGCUCGGUAUGCUGAUACAGCCUCGGUCCGAACUUGCCUCCUACUGGCUGUCCAGGGACGUCGGGGUAGUGCGCGCAUGCGACUUUGGGAGGACAUUCAAGAUGACGCAUGCUCGCUGGCUCUUCAUCGCCCACCACAUGCGCUUGUGGGAUCCUACGGAGGAGCCGCGCAGCAUGCAGGACUGUGUGAGAAAGCUGGGGCCUGUGGUGGGGCUGUUUAACCAGAGCAUGGGGAAGCUCAUGCUGCCCGGCUCGACGGUGGCGUGUGGAGAGAUUCCUCUCCUUCCUCCUCUGUCGGAUUUCUGCGGGACAAAGUUCGUCGUGAGGGCGAUGGUGGAUUGCGCUUCCAAGGUGGUCGUGCGGGUGGCUGUGGAGAUGAGGGAGGAGGGGGAGGCAGCGGGGGUGAUGAAGCUGCUGCAAGGGCUUCACAGCAGCGUCGUGUAUGCGGAUCAAGCGCUGACUAGCAUGGAAGCAUGCGAGGCCGUCGUCAGCUCGGGCAACCAUUUCUGCGGGGCGCUGAGAAGCGACGAGACUUUCUUGCCUGUCAGAGACUUGAGCAGCGGCGCGUUCGGGAAGGAAAGCGAGGUCGGGGCCACCAGGACGUUCAAGCUCAAGGAGGACUUCUCUCGGCCGCUCUACUGCCAUGCCUGGAACUUUCGCUCAAGGAGGGGCGAAAGGGCCUCGGCAGAAUGCUUCCUGUCCUCCUUCCCGGCCUUCAAGCCUGCUCAAGCGUACACGAGGAGCAGGCAGGCGUUCGAUGCCAAGUAUGGGAUCAUCAGGAGAAACAGGGUCGUGCCACAGAGCCGGAUGGUGGCCGAGCAUCGUGCGGCCAUGGAGGCGCUCUCGCUGAAGCAUGCCGACCUGCUGCAGACGAUUCGCAGCAUGUGGAAGCCCAGGAGCGUCGAGGUGUACGUCUUCCAGCUGCUCCUCCACCUGAUGAUCACCAACGCCUUCCUGUGCUUCAAGUACUUCGACAAGGAUGCAGCUGGGGUGGAGGUGGAGACGUUCCUCAAUGCCAUUGCCUUCAGCUUCGCAGAGAAGAGCGACUGUAGGGGCAUCCUGCAGUCGUGCAAGAGGAAGCGGGAGGAGCAGGAGCAAGAGCAGGAGCAGGAGGACGGGGGUUGCAAGCCUGAACUGAUCCGGAACUCCGGGUUUGGCAACCGCCAUCACUGCGGCAGAUGCAAAGUUUGCCCGGAGGGACAGAAGAGUUACUUCUUCUGCCGCAGAUGCUCCGUGCUGUACCCCGGGGACCACAAGAAAACCAAGCUCUUCUACGUGUGCGGUCCUGGGACUGGCAGGGACUGCAUGAUGAAGCACCUGAAGAGAACGAUGUCGGAAGGAUGA